AGGACGACGGGGUGUCCCCACGGGGUACAGGCGAUUGGAAACCGGCGAAUCCGUUCCUUUGAUCCUGACGAGAGAGUACACCUUUGAACCAGAGACUGGUCUACAGAGAGAAAGUGAGAGAGUCUAAUAGGCAAGUGUCGUGUGUAGGUACAAAUUUAAUCUUUUUUUUUUUCUUCCUUUUUUGGUGUUUUUAUUUUUCCAUUCAGAGAAAGAACCAAAGCCUCUGUCCGAACGAAGAGGAACGGGUUCUAACGAUAAGUGUUCCCGUUCGUUCCACACACGCGCGUGCAACGAGCGGGAACACGGAGAGAGAGAGAGAGAGAGAGAGAGAGAGAGAGAGAGAUGGAGAGCGAGAGAAAACGAGAGAAAGAGAGAGAAAGAACGAGCGAGCGAGAGAGUGUGAGAGAGAGAGAGAAAUAGGAUAUCGUUUCUGUUCGCACUCGAUUUCACUCGACCAUGAUUACGAUACCAUGUAUGAUAUAAAGUAGUGUGGAGAAUGUUUUUUUUUUCGUCUUUUUGCACUUGACAAACGAUAGUACGUAUUUCUAAUCCUAUAUCUUUCACUUUCUUACCGGCGCUUAUCCAGAUAUACAUAUUAUAUAUACAUAUAUAUAUUAGCACAAUAUUCCUCAAGUGCGUGUUUUAGAGAGAGAGAGAAAGAGAACGGAUAGCUUCGAUCAUCUGAACCUGCAUAUUAAUCGUAUGAUCUCAUUUCAAGCGUGCGGUCUAUCCAACACACGAGUUGAAAUUUGCUGUGUCAAGAUAAUGAUGGUGAGAUAUAUAUAUAUAGACACAUACACGCAUACAUAUAUAUGAUCUAUGCGAUGAUUGUGAAUGUGUAGUAGAAGAAAAACGAAAUUUACUGUAGCGGAGUACGUAUAUAUGUGCUUUUGUUUAUUUAAAAACUAAAAGUUUCGUACCGUGUGUUUAAAUGUGUAACUGAGAAUUAUUAACAGGGACUAAGCGUACGGUGAGUUUCGUUAGAGUCUCUACGAACGCGAGAAUUCGCAGAGCUCUUCGAGUGUUGAGUGUGAUCAUCCCUGUAUCGGUGGUACGUUCAUUUUAAUCGAAUCAUUGCCAAUGAUAUAAAUCUGUCUGAAUCUUACGUCUGUGAUCGACCGAGACGUUCAUUCACGAAAACAUAUUCGCGAGAAAUAGCUCUCUCUCGUUUCUGUCGAAUCGAUUGCAUAAUAUUUUCUCUGCCUGAACGGCAACGACUUUCGGGUAUCGAAGUUUAAUAGUUUGGAAACUCCUUUCCAAUCACGUUUCCCUGCAUUUACUUUGAAUCUCUUGUAAUCUCAAUUACAAGCAAAUCGGGAGCAUACGUACGCGACGUAUGCAUCGACGUAAAACGUGAAUUGACAAUGACAAGACAUGAAAUUUCGUAGGACCGUUUUUAAUGUACGUUUCGUGUGAGCAAUCGAGAAUGCGUGGGAGAAACGGACAAGUGUGAAAAUUGCAGAGUUGCAUACAGAUUGAUCGCAGCUACCCGACAUACGAGAUUGCCAUUUAAUUAAUCCUUCGAAACGUUUCGCCUUAAGAAAACGGGGAGUUACAAGCGAAAGAGGGAAAAACAGUAAGCGCGUGCACGCGUACGAUUCAUGUGAGAGAAAUGUGUUUUACAAUUUGGUAUGAUAGGGUGCGUAAAGAAGAAAGACAAUUUUUUGUCGAUUGACUGCGUGUGAAAGGUGGCAUUUGCAAUACUGUCCAUUCAUUUUACGGAGAAGAGAAAAGUAAAGACGAAUUUCACUCACGUUGCACGUUGAAUCGUAGUCAAUAACUCUUGCAUAAAGGAGAUGAAUGCAGAGAGCUGGAGAAGAAGAAGAAAAGGAAGCGUAGCUAAAGCACACUAACUGUGCGCUGCAUUGAAAUUAAUCAAGGUGGAAUAUUUUCAGACUAACAGUUAACAGUACACGUUAAGGGAAUAUACGAGCGGAUUCUGACACACAUACACACAUACCUUCUGUACGUUUUAUUUCGAGCGGGUGAGCGCGAACGUCCGAGAGACAAGCGUCACCGAUAAGCAGCAGUCUCGAUUUUGUUGAUCGCGUUUGCAAACACGCGCAAAACGCGCACGUGAAAAAUUGCCCGUGUGUCGCAACGGAUUCUCGCGUCAGCCUGCUUUUAUCGUAGAUACAUAUAUCUCUUGACGUGCAUACGAUUUUACUGAUCAUUGCUCCUUUAGCCGAUUUGAUCUUAAACGCAUUAUGCUUAUGACGAGAAUAUGUAACGAAGCGUUCUGCGAACGUUUGAUCAAGUCGAAUGUGUGUGUUACGAACCUGGACGAAUGAUCGUCAUUCAUAAGAGGCAAUCGAGGAGGUGAUCAUGCGGUUAGGUAACUCGGCCGGGUGAUUAGCAUCAUGCGAUUUGAUCAAAUAUUUGAGAAUCGAUCGGAUUCUCAUCCGCGCUUGUUAGGACUGUAAAACGACGAUCGUUCUUAUCGCGUAGUUCAUGAAUCGUCGUUUCUUCUUCUUCGCUUUGAUUUAAACGAACGGUGAUUACUAUUGUUAUCAUUAUAAUCGACGAUCAAUAGAUUGUUUUACCUCGACGUAUCUCUCUGUGUGCGUGCAUGGCGGUCGAAUGUAUUUGUUAAUGGUCGUCUCAGAACUACAGGCAUGAAAGUUUAGUCGUGAAAAUGAUUCUUGCUGUUAUUACGAUGACGGGCAUAGUCGUCAGUCUCGAUGUACAUGCAUCUGAUGGACGAUAAAAUGAGAGAGAAAAAAAAAGAAAGAAACAAACGAAAAUGAUAGAGAGAACAAAAUAAACCGCGUGUUAAUAAUGAUGAGUGAGUUAUGUUAAUAAUUGUGAGGCAAGAGCGGUAAUUAAUUGUGAAAAAAGAAAACGAGAAAAAAUAGUAAUAUUUUAUGGAUGGGACACAGUCGUUUACCGAAUGCCUGAAUAUAUACUUUAUAGAUAAAUAUAUAUAUAGAUAUAUACGCAUAUAUAGAUAUAUAUAUAUAUGUUUAUUGAAAAUCCAGAAUGUUUAUACAUAAUGUAAAGAGAAACAUUGAUGGAAAAAACGGGCGUCAAAAAUUGAUUGACGCUGUACUGUAAAUGAUAACCGAAUAUACAAAGACUGUAGUUUAAGACAACUUUUAACAGACAUUAGAACCGUUUCUAGCUGAUUAUAUUAUAUAGCCGACCGAUCUGUUUCAAAUCGUUCGCUUUUAUCUCAUCUGUCGGAAAUAGUCGGUUUAUAUUCUCUCGUUGUCCUUUUGCUUAAAAGAAAAAAAAAGAAAGAGGAGACGAUGGCAACGACAUCCCGAGCAGUUGGCUCGAUCGACUACUAAUUACUCAUUUAACGUACGCGAUGUGUAACACUUCAUCAUUGUCACAGAUAGUUGCGAAUCGGUUGGAUCCAACACUGUUGCUCAAAAGAUGCCUUUCCGCGAUACGAUUUGGAAACGAUCAUACGACGAGCGUGUAAAUACAAAUUAAGUAAGAAGCAUUAAUGUCGUUCGUGAACGUUUACCGAGUUUUUCCGUUGUAGACAGUUCUCUAUUGUAAAGUAAAAUUACUCGAUGAUUGUGUUUUUUCCAAGUGAGAUACCGAGAGUGCACAUCGACCGAAAUAACGUGAACAAAAGUAAACAAGAAAGACUACAAAAAGAAAAAACAAUGGAAGCCAACAAACGUUUUAUUAUUGUGAGAAUGUUAUUUUGAUAGGUGGCAGAGAUCGAUUCUUAUUUCGUAAACUCAUUACAGGAUGAUUAAAAACUGAUACACUGGCAGUGGUUUAUUUUAACACACUCUUCAAUCACUCCUCCGUUGGACCGCUCGUUAAAUAUCUCCAACGAUCCGCGUUCCGUCGAUGUCCACGUAACGAAUCCGAGUUGCAUAAAAACCUGCGGUUUAUUAUCGUUCGCCUUUCACGCGUGACAUCGAUCGAACGUGGAAGCAAUUUCAUUUUACUUCCAGUCUUCUCGAGCUACCUUAUGUUUCUUUGAGAGGCGCACGGUCGGUAUACAGUGGUUUCAUUUGGGAAUGCAAUGAAAUACACGUAUGCAUUUACCAAACGAUUUCUCACACACGAAUUUAUUUCAGGCCUGCGAUACUUCCAUAUAUUUUUAGCGGAUGCAUCGGUCAACAGUUAUCCAAGUUUACGGACAAGUCUUCGACGUUUCAAGAAAUUAAAUUCGGAUUGUCGACGAAGAGGAAAUUAGCGGAAACGGAAUUCUUAUUCACGUUGCCCGAUAAUUGACCGAUGGUCGUAAUUUGUUUUAGACGCGCCGGUGUCGGAACGUUCCUCCGAAUGUUUAACAUUGUAGCCGGAAACGGUGGAGGAACGUUCCGAUACGUUUGAAACGUUGAAGGACCUGGUGCAUUCGGAAAGAAAAACCUCGCAUGAUCGAAAAAAGAAAGCAGCUCCGAGCAAAUGGACCGAUGUCUGUACACGUAACGACAUUUAAUUCCACAUGUUACUAAAAGCACAACAAGGAGAGGAGGAAUGUGUGAGCGAUUCCACCGCUGAGGAAUCAUAUUUCGCGAGUUACACGACAGGUGUUACGGCCCAAAAAACGAUGAAUGAACUUUGAUGAUGAUGAUGAUGCUUAUGCUGGUGAUGAUGAUUAUGAUGAUGAUGAUGAUGAUGAUUCUGAUGCUUAUGAUGCUUUAUGAUGAUUAUGAUGCUGAUGAUGCUAGUGGUGGAGGUGAUAUAGGUGGUGAUUAUUUGAUGAUAGUGAUAUGAUGAGGAUGUUGAUGAUGCUUAAUGGUGAUGAGGUUGAGGAAUGAGGAUGAGGAUGAAUAUGAUGAGGAUGAUGAUGAUGACUGGGAAGUAGAGGCUGAACUUCGAAACACAGUUCAGGUGAACGAAUUGUUAAAUGUAAAUCCAGGAUGAGCUGGUAUUUUUCACUUGAAAAACGAACUAAUAUGCCCCGAAGCAAAGAAAGGGAGAGGAACCGUCCGCGGAGCGAGCUACGGAAAUUCACAAGUUUCGUAUCGUUCGACGCCGAACCCGGCUGAUUACCUACACGACCAUUCGAUCGUUCGAUCAUCGAGGAUAAGGUUCCGCUCUUUUUGCAUUCCUCGUUUCUUUUAACGACGAUAUGUUUGUUGUACUUAUAUAAACGAUAAUUCAUGAUCUUAUUUCAUGUAUCACGUUUAAUCAACCCUGACACAUUAUGAUGUUCACCAUGAAAAACGAAUUAAAAUAUAUUUAAAUAUCUAAUGAACGAUGAAUUUGCAAAUUAUUUGCGAAUUAAAAAUUUAUAUCAGCUACGCAGGAAUAACAGGUCUGUUCCAUCGGUUUACUGAUUUCAUUAAUUCAAUUACGUACGGAGAAAAGUCUUCACGGAAAAAUACCAACGUAAAUUCAUUCGGAUUAUAGUAAUAUUAAAUCUGGAAAGAGAAUAAUUUACACGUUUAGACGAUAAUAUAGUUCAUUUGCUCUGAUCUUUCUGACACAAAUAAUUGUAAAAAAUGAUGAAUGCAAGAGACGCAAAAAUUACUUUAAUCGCCGCUGUAAGUAUUCAUACGUAAUUAGGCGUUUAGACAUGAACAUAUGAGCGCAAAACUGCAAAGCGUGACACUGGAAAAACUAGCGGCGGCGUUAGUUUUUUUCGUGAACGAUUGAGCUAGGUAUAUAGGAAAUUGGAAAGCAGAAGUUAUAAAAGUUCAAGGCAGCGGCGGUACGCGUACGAUAAUUCGACUAACGUUAAAUUAGAAGUCUACGGUGGUCUACGGGUGUGUAGGUGCGGAUGAAAGUCGAGGCUUUUGUACUUUGAUCGGCUGCCGGGACGACGGGCGAGGGGAAAUAAUAAAUACAUCGACAAUGUCGAUCGUACUUAAAGAAGACGUCGGGAACUGGUCAUUAUGAAAUGUUAAAAGUUAAAACCUCCGCCAGUUUAUAUCGAUGUACAGAGUUGAGCUGAUUCAUCGGAACUCGGCCUCCCCGCCACCUGCUCAUUUUUAGCGCCUGUACACUGGCCACUAGCCUAAGCUUAGCUGUACUGCUGUGCUGUACUAUACUAUCGGACGCAGAAGCGUCGAGACCGUCGACGAGGACGGUGAUCAGUUUUCCGAUCGAUCUUCCGUUGGGGAUAGAAUGGCGCCAGCACUCAGCAAAUUCGCAAACAGACGCACACUUGCUGGUGCCUGUGCGUUAACCGCGUUAUUGUGGAUAUUGAAGAGGCGAAAUCAUAAACGAGGAGCGAAGAACAGCAGAAAUGCUUGGCCCGCCAAUGACAUUCAGUAUGUUAUCAAGGAGGAAAAACCGAAAUCAGCACCGAAGGCUUACGUGAACGCAAAAUUCUUCAAGCAGCUGCAGCAGCUGCUGAAAAUCGGCAUCCCGUCGAUCGUGUCGCCCGAAUUCGGAUUCGUUCUUCUUAUCGCUGGUUCCCUAAUUGCCAGAUCACUAUGCGAUCUCUGGAUGAUAAACGUCGGCACGUUGAUCGAGCAGUCAAUCGUCAAUAUGGACACGUUUACAUUUAGAAAACGUUUAAUCAAGUUCAUGGCUGCCCUACCAGUGAUAGCUGUCGUGAACAACGUACUGAAGUUCGGUUUGUACGAAAUGAAGCUGAGGCUACGUACGAACAUCACGAGAGAUUUGACGGAUCAGUACCUUAAGGGCUUUACCUAUUAUAAAAUGAGCAACUUAGAUAGUCGAAUAGCAAAUCCGGAUCAGUUGUUGACGACCGACGUCGACAAGUUCUGCGAAAGUUGCACAGACCUGUACAGUAACGUAGCGAAACCAUUGCUAGAUAUCUUUAUCUACGUUUAUCGGCUCACGACUAAUCUAGGGGGUAAAACGCCGAUAAUUAUGCUUAGCUACCUCGUCGUAGCUGGCGCGGCAAUAACUCAUCUCCGCAGGCCGAUCGGAGCCAUGACCGUGCAAGAACAGCGGCUCGAGGGCGAGUAUCGCCACAUUCAUUCGAGAUUAAUUACCAAUUCUGAGGAGGUCGCAUUCUACCAAGGAAACAAUCGAGAAAAAUUAAUUCUUCUAGCCAGUUUCCAGAAGCUGGUGGCGCAUCUACGUAGGUUCCUCGAGUUUAGGACUUUCAUAGGAAUAGUAGACAACUUCGUCGGCAAAUACAUGGCGACUAUAUUUGGUUUCUACGCGGUGAGCCUCCCGUUCUUCCAGAAGAAUCACCCGAUCCUCUCGGGGUCUCCCGAUCAUCGAUUUAAAAAUUAUUACACGUACGGCCGUAUGCUAGUGAAGCUUGCAGAGGCCAUAGGUAGACUAGUUUUAGCUGGCAGAGAAUUGACGCGACUGGCAGGGUUCACUGCCAGGGUGACGGAAAUAAAAACCGUUCUCGACGACUUGAACGCAGGAAAGUACGAAAGAACAAUGAUCUCCGAUUUCAAAGACGAGCCGAUCGGAAGUCCGGGCGCAGGGAGAAUAGUGAACAGAGAUAACGUUAUAACAUUCGAUCGCGUGCCGUUGGUAACCCCGAACGGAGAUAUUCUCAUCAGGGAGCUAUCGUUCGAAGUCAAGUCCGGAAUGAACGUGUUGGUUUGCGGCCCGAAUGGUUGCGGGAAGAGUUCUCUGUUCAGGAUUCUGGGCGAGCUGUGGCCAGUCUGGAGCGGUACAGUUACUAAACCUCCGCGAGGGAAGCUGUUCUACAUUCCCCAGCGUCCGUACAUGACUCUGGGCACUCUGAGAGAUCAAGUGAUCUAUCCUCACACCAAGGCGGAGAUGGCGAGGCGCGGACGGACGACGGACGAAGACUUGAAGAAAUUACUGGAUCUCGUCCAAUUGGGCCAUCUUUUGGAGAGGGAAAGUCUUACGAACACCGAGGGCCAAGGGUGGGACGUCGUGGCCGACUGGAUGGACGUCUUAUCCGGCGGUGAAAAACAGCGUAUAGCGAUGGCCAGGCUUUUCUACCACAAGCCGCAGUUCGCUAUUUUGGAUGAGUGUACGAGUGCCGUUAGCGUCGACGUCGAGGACUCGAUGUACUCGUACUGCAGACAGGCGAACAUCACGCUGUUCACGGUGUCGCAUCGACGAUCUCUUUGGAAGCAUCACGAGUAUUAUCUGCAGAUGGAUGGCAGGGGAAACUACGAGUUCAAGCCGAUCGAACCAGACACGGAAGAAUUCGGAUCGUGAAUUUUCUUGUCCCUUGCAUCUGAUAACACUUGCCACAAUGCAAGGGACGGGCACAUUACGUUCGACUGAUUUCAAAUGAUUUUGGUGUACACCUGCAAGUGCACAGAUCACCUGUGCAUGUACUCUACGUACCUUUGUGUUGGAAUCGUACGGAUCCACGAGUAUCGUAUUCUUCUAUACUGUACUAUAUUUUUAUAUACCGUAUUUUUAUAUACUGUAUAUUUUUAUAUUUGUGUCUUUUAUAAAACGGAGGACAGGUGACGUGCGAGAGAGAGAGGGUGGGAGCUUACCGCGAUAUAGGCCUUAACGACGCGUUUAGUGGUGAAAUUAAGGUAUAACGCGUGGAGUAUCGUUGAACAAACAGAGGUAAAUUGGUAGGCGUUACAUAUUUUUGAUACCGAAGUAGUCUUUCAGGAUUAAAUCACGUUUAAGCAUUGGCAAACAUAUUAAAAAGCAAUUUAAUUAAUGCAACUUGUGUAUAUGCAAAUAGUUAUAUCUAGUUUAAAUCAUUUCCUAUUUCGACGAUUAAUAAUGAUUAUUACGAUUCGUUUAUGUGUAGAUCACAUUUGAAUAGUAAGCAUGGCCGAGAGUGUAUAUCGGAUUGCUGGACAAUAAGAACGUGUAAUAAAAAGCGAUGAUAAAUA